CUUCCUGCAUCUGGUCUCUUCCUGGUUCCUCCAAAGUGUCUCAGCACUGUUCAACAAGUCCUAGUUUGUCCCCACACUGGAGGAGCAUGGACACGCUAACAAGAGGACCGUGUCCGAGAGGGACGACGUGCACUCUUGGAGCACCUCGUCUUAAGAUAUGAGGAGCACACUGGAGCUUUUUCACGACCAGCGGGCGACGCUGAUGUAAAACUAGCUGCUAGCCACUUAGCAACGCUACCAGCUAGCAUCCCAGCGGGCUAGCCGCUAGACCCCUAACUCACCAGCUGUUAGCCACUUAGCAGGACGCUGCCUUGCGAUUGGUAUCGCGAGUCCAAUCGGGACAAAGUCAACGAGUUUGUCUGGAGCCUUUCGAAGAAGAACUUGAGCUGACGACGAGCAUGGAGAACAACGACAAAGUACAGAUGCGGAACCAUCCUCGCAGACAGCUGAAGAAGCUGAGUGAGGACAGCCUCACCAAGCAGCCAGAGGAAGUGUUUGACAUCCUGGAGAAGUUGGGUGAAGGGUCGUACGGCUGUGUGUUCAAGGCACAUUACAAGCAGACAGGAGAGAUUGUGGCCAUAAAGCAAGUCCCUGUGGAGUCUGACCUGCAGGAGAUAAUCAAGGAGAUCUCCAUCAUGCAGCAGUGCAACAGUCCACAUGUGGUGCGCUACUACGGCAGCUACUUCAAAAACAGCGACCUGUGGAUCGUCAUGGAAUACUGCGGGGCGGGAUCCGUAUCUGAUAUCAUCCGAAUACGCAGCAAGCCGCUCACGGAGGAGGAGAUCGCCACCAUCCUGCAGUCGACUCUGAAAGGUUUGGAAUAUCUUCACUUCAUGAGGAAAAUCCACAGAGACAUAAAGGCGGGAAACAUCCUGCUCAACACGGAGGGUCAGGCCAAGCUGGCCGACUUUGGCGUCGCCGGUCAGCUAACUGACACCAUGGCCAAGAGAAACACCGUGAUCGGCACGCCGUUCUGGAUGGCUCCGGAGGUUAUCCAGGAGAUCGGCUACAACUGCGUGGCCGACAUCUGGUCUCUGGGAAUAACAGCCAUCGAGAUGGCUGAGGGGAAGCCGCCCUACGCUGACAUUCACCCCAUGAGGGCUAUCUUCAUGAUCCCUACCAAUCCUCCCCCAACAUUCCGGAACCAUGAUCUGUGGUCGCCGCAAUUCCAGGACUUUGUGAGUCAGUGCUUGGUGAAGAACCCAGAGAGCAGGGCCACCGCCACACAGCUGCUGCAGCAUCGCUUUAUCAAGUCGGCCAAGCCCAGCACCAUCCUCAGACCGCUCAUCACCGAUGCCAUGGAGAUCAAGCUGAAGCGACAGGAGGAGGCCGAGCACAGAGAACAGGAUGCCGACGAUGACGACAAUUCGGAAGAGGACGAAGUCGACCAGGGGACCAUGGUGAGGGCAGGGCCGGGCAACUCUGGCACCAUCCGUGCGGUCGGCUCGCUGACUGAUUCGCCUAGCGGGACAUCGGGCACCAUGAUCGAACACGACGACUCGGGAACCAUGCAGUCACAGCUCGGCACCAUGGUCAUCAACUCUGAUGACGAGGAUGAAGAGGAAGCCGGCACCAUGAAAAGAAGGGACGAGAGCACGCAGCCCGUCAAGCCGUCGUUCUUGGAAUACUUCGAGCAGAAGGAGAAGGAGGCUCACAGUCAGAAUGGAGGAGGAAGAGGAGGAGAUCACCCUGCAGACUACCGCAAAAUGCCCACUGAAGGAGAUCUGGAAGUGGUCAGCUCGUGGUCGGUGGAGGAGCUCCGUCAGCGUCUGGCUUCGUUGGACCCGCAGAUGGAGCAAGAGAUCGAGGAGAUCCGCCAGCGGUACCAAGCCAAGAGGCAACCCAUCCUGGACGCCAUCGAGGCCAAGAAGAGGCGGCAGCAGAACUUCUGAGAGGCAUCACUCUCUAUGUUUCUGACUCUAUGAUUGACAGCUCUCUGGACAGGUGAAGACUUGAACCAGGACACGAAACAGAAUCAUGGUACGCUGGUGGCGCCAUGUCGCCCCCCCACCUCAUGCACCAGAAUGUAGCACCAGCUGUUCUUACUCUUAGUUUUGAUGACGACCACCAUCUUGUGAGCUUUCCUCAGAGCUUUGGACCAUCAGGUGGUCAUUCCUCAGGGCGUGUGUGUAUAUUAUGUAAGUUAUGAAACAUGCAGCAUGCUUUCUUUUCAAUGGUAAACACAACAAAUAGCUUCUAAUUUGACAUGCGGAUAAAGUCUUGAAAAAGGGAAAUAAUGUUAAAUAAGACGAGUUUCAUCACUUUAAGGCCAUGUCUCUGUCAGUACACUUCAGUAAGUACACUGUGUGCUUAGUUCCUGAGUGCACAAAUUUUGAGUGUAAUGCUGUCCCAAACUCAUCAUUGACCUUACACACUUCAGAGUUAGCCACUGUGUCUCACCUUCGUGUUGAUAGUUCCUCCCUACCCUUUCACUAUGUAGCCAAGUUGGUGACUAUUGAGAGUGGCAAGUGUCCACAAGGACUAACGUGAAUAAUGGCAGCUAAGGAGCAACCCGUAGUGAAGACAAGUAGUUAAUAGAAGAAGAAGUGGGUAAGUAUUGCGAUGGUCAUUUUUGGUAAGUGCGCAAUGACUGUGUUGGAUUUGGGACAGCACUACACUGUCUACACAGUAUACUUAUUGAAGUGUACAGAUGGAAGUAUUCCAUUUGAGACACGGCCCAAGUCAGAAACACUGGAUUAACGUAACAAAUGUAGAGGCCGCCGUGCACGAGCAGCGACAAAGCUGAGCAAUAUGGCGUCCUUGUGUUUGGAACUGGUAAACGUGAGUGUGGCGCGUUCUAGUCAGCCAUUUUGACUGGUUUGAUGUGACGAAGGGAAGUCCUUUCUAAAACUUGUGCUUUGCUGCGUUUGGUGGAAAUGUUGCUGCCUUAAAACUGCUGCUGAUGUUUGAUGUCUUUUUAUUUGUGGAAAGAAUAAACACAAAUCUUCCA